CACGCGUUGUGAUGUCAUGGCUCAAGACGCCCAGUACACCACACGCCAUCACCACUAGCCAUGUCUAUCACUGAGGCUGCUGUUGUUGUUGCUUGCCCCGUCCACAGGUUCUCACCAGACCAUAAAUUCCCCCUCUCCAGCGGGUCUCCUCAUCCUUUGUCGCCGACGAGCCUGAUACGAACCACGAAGACGGCUAUCCCAUAAACUACGGCUACUAUGGCUACACAAACAGAAACGGCACCCAACGACGCGAACAGCACACCUUUGAAAGACAGUGCCGGCCCGAGCACGUCGGAUCGCUCGAGCAUGCGUUGUCCCGACCCCUCGGCACACCGGACAAAGGACAACACCCUUCAGGACCAGGCAUCGGCUGCAGCCUUAUACAGCACCAAACCGGCAAGAGCAACCGAGCAGAAUCCGCUAGGAUCCGACGGAAAGCUAUCAUCAGCCAGUGCCGCCACCAGCCUCAAGCACGCGCGCGCCCAAGACCUUCCGAGCUUUCCGGUCGUGGGCAUUGACACGCAAUCCUCCGCCGGGACCGCCGCGCUCCUAGCCAACGCAAACAAGAAGAGUCCGGAGUGGUGGAGACCUGAGCAGUCGGCUACUGCGGGUAAGGCCGCGCUUCUGGCAAGCGACUACAAGAUGGCACCUCUGUGGCACCCCGAGGCCAGCACCGCAGGCUCUAAAGCAGCCUUGCUUGCUCACAAAGAUGGCGCGAAGAUGAAUCUCUGGACUCCUGAAGCUAGUGCUUACGGGAAUUCUGCAGCGAAUAUCGCCAUGAGCAAGAAGGGACCCGCGCCAGAUGUCGGCUCUGGGGGAAGGGAGGAGGGAAAGAAAAGAGCUUUGGUAGCAGCCACGGGUGCUGUCUCAACUUCUGGCCGAAAGCGAGCGCAGUCGACGCCUGCACCUCCUCCGCUGUACCCAGACGCCGAGAACUCUGCGAAGAAUGCGCUCAGUGCUGCGACGUUGGCCCACAGACCUUCGAUGAGGGCGAAGUCUCCGGCCUCUCCAGCUGCGGCCGAUUCCGGUCGCCUGACUUCUGGUGCUAUGGAAGCCGCACGAAUCCAGCAUGCGAAGGGUGUGUCGCGAGAAAUGUACACAGACCGUCCACCUGUUGAGCUAGAGGUCGAAGAGAAGAAGAGACAGGAUGCACUCAGAGCUUCUGCGAUAUCUAUGGCGAAGAAAAUGUACGAGGUGCAGCAGCAUCACAUCGACCAAGCGGCAGGGCGCCCCUCCAGGUCGGACGCACAGACUGGAGCUACUGCAGCACAAGGGCAGCAGCAAUACGCCAGCGAUGGAGACAUCAAAGAGCAAGCAAUGCGCUACAUUGGUAUUCAGGAGGCCGCUCAGAAGCUGGCCAACGAACGGCUGGCGAAGAUUGGCAUGGACGAGAGUGCCGCGUACCGAAGCUACUACGGCUAUGAGAAACCGACUCGCAACAAGCUGUCUAUUCGCCGUGGCCGAAACCGAGCCUAUAGCAACCCUGAGACGGGUGACUCGAGCGACGAUGAGCUGCAGUCUCGGCGAAUUCGCUCACAGAUGUCUCAGUUCAAUAAGACAUUGGCAGAGGUUGAUGCAAAGAAGCGAGAUCAGGAUCGCAAAUAUCUUCUCGCAGCCGCAGAGCGCAAAGUGCAAGCUCAAAUGCUGGGGCUCGACAAAAAGAUCUACGAUGAGAAGGGUGUAAUGUCUCCUGCGAUGAUCGAAGAAUGGGAUUCCAAAGCCCGUGCGAGGGCGGCAGCGAACAGCGAGGCUCGCAUGGAACACCAUGGCAAGGUGCAUAUCGGCCAUGGCAAGUACAUGGAUCAGGCAGACAUCGACGCCAUAGCCCAAGCUAGGAUACAGCCAACGCUGGAUGAGAUUGCAGAGAAGACUCAGAAGCGUUUGGCAGAGGAAGAAGAGCAACGGCUCGAGAUGGAAGAGAAGAAGCGCGAAGCCCAGAAAGAGAAGGAACGCGCUGCAGAACUCAAGGCGGAGGAGAAUCGUGUUAAAGAGGAAGAGAAGAAGGCCGCAAAGGCGCGGACGACUGAAGAGAAGGCUGCGGCGAGACAAGAAAAAGAGGCUGAGAAGGAGAAAAAGGCCGAGGAGAAACGGAUGACAAAGGAAGACAAGCGCAAGCCGAAGGAGGCAUCCAAAGCGGCUGAGACGACUUCGCCAACGACGGAUGGCGCUCCUGCAACCGCGAACGACGAUCUGUUUCGAGAUCCCACUCGUAAUGACGCGCCCCAGGCUUCAGAACAGGAGUCCUCGGAUCUAACGUCUCCUACGUCUCCUACUUCGCCAACAUCCUCGGCAUCCGGCUCCAAGGGAAUCAAAUCCUUUCUCAACAAGUUCAAGCGCCGUUCCAAGCACCACUCUGCUGCCUCUGCGGAAAGCGACAAGCCGGGCUUCAUUGGAGGCGCUGCUCUUCGGAAUUCGUCCUCUCGACGAGACUCGGCACCUUCGAGCCCACACGUCAGCCAGAUACAGAAGGCUGAGCGCCGGUAUUCGGACGUCUCUUCGAUCUCCAGCGUCGAUGGUAGAGGCCGAUCACCCAAACGCGCAACGAGCGGAUUGAGUGCAGUGUCAGGAGGGUCCGACUAUGAAGAGGCGAGAGAUAACUUCAAUGAGAACCUAGCGCCGCCUCCAAACUUUACAUCGGCGGAUGCUACUGCGGCGAGGAAGGGAAGCCCGAGCCGAGACUCGAGGUUCCAUGAGGUUGGGCUCUAGGCUCGCUGCUGGCUAAGCUGCUGACCAGUGGCUACACGAAUUACGAAAGCGGGAGGAUAGGAUCUCAUGCGGCGUUUCGGGCUUUGAUCUGGUACAGUUGCGCUGCCUUCUUUGAUUAGGGAGGUGUCUUGUAUAUGACAAUUUGCGCGGAUUGGUAGGCAAGGGAGCAAAUACACAUGGGCUCAUGGGGUUUGGGAAUGGGAUUCAGGUAUGAGAUUUGUCCGAUCAACGGGUUUUCCUGCGAAGGGACCGGUCAAUAGCUUCCCCUGAUAAAAGUGGGAUAAAAUAGUACGAGAGCUUUUGCGUCCACUGGCUGUGAGGAAUCACACCGUAAGCCUUCCACGUCAGAGUCGGAGAAGAAGCUAGAUUGCAG